AUGCAGGAGGUGGGCAGUUCCCAGCGAGGCUCCCAGCGGAGCUUCAGCGUCCUGGAUCGUCUGCUGCUCACACAUCCAGUGUGGCUGCAGCUGUCGCUCAAACAAGACACUGCCCUCUACAUCCUGCUCAGAGAGCCUGUCGGGACUUUUCUCGUGCGCAAAUGCAGCUCCAGCCAGAGGAAGGUGCUGUGUUUGAGGGUGACAGCAGACAGAAGUGCCUCCUCUGUUAAGGAGUGCUUCAUCUGUGAGGAGGACUCCACGUUCGCCUUGGAGAGCUCGGCACUCACCUUCCCUGACUUGUGUCGGCUGGUGGCCUUCUACUGCAUCAGCAGGGAUGUGUUGCCUUUCCCUCUGCAGCUGCCAGAGGCCAUCGCUAAAGCCACAACGCACAGGCAGCUGGAGGCCAUCUCACACAUGGGACAAGACUUCUGGAGUCCGCUGAGUGCUUCGGACCUCCAAAACGGACCAGUGGAGCCAGUUGCAUCAACCAGCAGCAGCCAGGCCCAGACCCAAUGCUCUCUGCUGACUCGAGGCAAACAAGGCAAAGUGUGCUUCAUCAACCCGCUUUUCCUGCAGCUGGAGGUCAGCAAGCAGCAACAACUCACAAACCACAGUGCCUCCAAUAAACGGCACCGCUUCAAGCGCAGCAUGCGGCUCCGGCUCUCCGAGUCCUCCAUGAAUCUGUCCCUGGAAGGGAUUGGCUCCUACUCACCUCCCCUGUCAGAGGACCAAGCUGGUGGGUCAGAAAGACUCCAAACCAACCCUCAGAGGAGAGUUCACGCCGGGGCAGGCAUCCUGAGGAGAACCCCUGCUGUGUCGCCUGGGUCAGCAGAGGAAGACGACCUAAUGUCUGUCUAUGUGCCGCAAACACCUGCCAAGGUGGAGGAGCCUCCAAAGCCCCGGCAGGACACAGGUAUUGAGGUGGCGGUUCUGGCUGGGGACCGUCGCGCAGCUCCGUCUUUGGCUGAGCUCGACAGCAGCAGCUCCUUCAGCAGUAUGGACGAGGACAAUGACUCAGAUUCAGAUCCAGAAAGCAUGACCAAAACCCAGAUGCACACCUACAAGCGUCCGCCGCUGGUGCGUGGCCGUGGCCGUGGUGGGCUGCAUCGUAUGAGUGAGGCCUUUGUGUGUUUCUUUGCUCCGGACAAGCGGCUGACUCGACUGGUGGAGGAGCUGUCCAGAGACAGGCGCUCGAUCUUCGGGGGCACGGUUCAGGACUUCCUCCUGGAGCAGAGAGAAGUGCUCAAAUCCCUGACCUCCACAUCAUCCUCCUCUUCCUCAGCACGUGUGACCUCUGUGCAGCUUCUGCAGGGCCUUCGCCUCUUUCUGUCCCAGGCAAAGUGCUGCCUGCUGGACAGCGGAGAGCUGGAGCCUCCCAUUGAAACCCUGGUUCCAGAGAACGAGAAAGACCUGGCCCUGGAGCGGGCCAUGUUCUCCUGUGUGCUCCGGCCUCUGAAGUCCCACCUUGAGAAAGCCCUGAUCGCUUUGCACAGUCAGGACGGCUCCAGCCAGUGUCUCACCCAGAACAUGCUCCAUCUGAAAGGGGACGCCGCCAUGGAGCGGCUCGGUGUGCGGACGGGCGUCCCAGACAGCCGGGAGGUGGAGCGGGUGAAGCAAAAGCUGAUCCUGAUGCAGCGGACGCACUCCCCCAUCGACAAAGUGCUGCUGCUGCUGCAAGUGUGCAAGUGUGUCCACAAGGCCAUGGGGUCCUUACAUGGACAUGAAGUGAGCUGGGAUGACUUCUUGCCGUCGUUGUCUUACGUGAUCGUGGAGUGUAGCAGGCCUCACAUCCUGAUAGAGGUGGAAUACAUGAUGGAGCUGCUGGAGCCCUCCUGGCUCGGAGGAGAGGGUGGGUACUACCUGACCAGUGUGUACGCCAGCCUGUGUCUGAUCCAGAGCCUGGACAAGGACCAGUCGAUCUCAGGCUGCCUGACGCCGGAGGCCCAGGAGGCGCUGAAGGAGUGGAGCUGCAGACGGAGCCGAGAGGCCCAGAGACAAAAAGAGAAUCAGCAGAGCCAAAGGUGCGUUCGGAUACUGUUCCAGGACGGGGAGCGGAGCGCUGUGCGGACGUUGCAGUGGAGAGCCGGGGAGACGAGCCAGGCCCUGGCACAGCUGUGUGCCUCCACCUUCGGAGUGUCCGACCCGCAGCAAUACACCCUGUACUGGCGCAGCGGCGGCGAGAUGAGGGCCCUGCCGCCUCAGGCCCAGCCCCAGGACCUGGCCAGCCACAGCGAGGGAGGCCCCUCGCUCUCCUACCUGAGGACCGACCACGACUUCAGCAAGAUGCGGCGGCUCACCAGAGGUGGCGCCGUGGACCUGAGCGAGUCGGUGUGUGAGGAGUGA